AUGCGUAUUAGGAACAAGCCAAUCCGUGACCUGGCGUCCAUUAUCUGCACCGUCUACUACCUAAUCGCCGCCGAACAGGCUGACGAAAAGGUCCGCAAAGUGAGAGCCGUUCUUACCGUCGACCACCUCCGAGUCGCUUGGAACAAGCCUACCACGCCGUACCUAAGCUACUUUACCUCCCUCAUCAGACCUAAUUUCACCAAGUAUAAACCUAGAAGAAUCCGCAUCCCUCGCCCGAAAUCGUCGACGUACCGAGAACCCGUUGUUGCUUGGAUGUACUUUGAUGGACCACUGUCCGAGUUGGAAAAACAAGACAAACUCGUGCUCGAUGUUCCCGGUGGUGGCUUCGUGGCCAUGGAUCCUCGAGUAUCUGACGACAAGCUACUGGCAUGGGCUGGCAAGACAGGCUUGCCAAUUCUCAGUCUCGACUACCGCAAGGCCCCUGAGUACCCCUACCCGUACGCCUUGAACGAGUGCUUCGAUGUCUACACGCAAAUCGUCGCAACCAAGGGCAGGUGCAUUGGCAUGAAACCAGAUUCGUGUCCUCGCAUUGUCAUUACGGGUGAUUCGGCUGGUGGAAAUCUUGCAACAGGCACCACACUGAUGAUCAUCCAAGCGAACCUAUCAGCAACAUCGUCAUCUCGUGGCUUCUUACCAUCUCCUGCUGGACUGGUGCUCCUCUAUCCCGCCCUCGAUAUGAACAUUGGCUCAUGGAUGACUGAUGACCAAAUGGCCUUGAUUAGAGCUCCCGGCACAGCCAAGAAACAUUCCAACUUUGUCAAACGUAAAUCCGAGGACAUCGACAGACGAUAUACUCCUAGCACACCGCGACCCGCCGACGACGAUCCGGACUUUGACUUUUUUGCAACACCCCGUCCUAAGCGUCAAUCCACCGAUGUCGAAGCUCAAAAGACCGCAGUGGCCGAGUCGAAGCCGCAGCCUCUGCGGACGCGUCUGGCAGUGUCAUCCAUCAUCAGUUACUUUGGCGACCGCAUCAUAACACCCGAGAUGAUGCGUGCCAUGAUCAUCCUUUAUGUUGGACCGUACAAUCGCCCGGAUUUCACCACCGACCACUUGCUUUGCCCAGCCGUGGCACCAGAGCAGCUGCUCCAGAAGUUUCCCAAAACCUACUUUCUCACAGGCGAGCGAGACCCGCUGGUGGACGACACGGUCAUCUUCGCGGGUCGUUUGAGACACGCAAAGCAUGCGCUGUUCCGAGAACGACAGGAGAUGGGACUGGAAAAGUCACAAGCGGAGUUCCACGAGCGGGAUCACGUGGAAGUGGUGCUGGUACCGGGCAUUUCACACGGCUUCAUCCAGUUCGUCAGCGUGUUCCCCGAGGGCUGGAAGCAUAUAUUUAGAUGUGCGAGCUGGAUCCAAGACAUUUUUGCGAAGCCGCCGCACGCCUUGGAAGGCCCAAUGUUGGAACGUCGAGCUCGGGAGGGGAGCCUCGGCACCAUGGCGGACCCGAGCGUGCUUAGUCUCGCAACUACGGUCAACGGCAAUGCAGAGCGCGGGCCGAAGAGACACAAGCGUACGCUGACAGGUGGGAGCACUGAAGAUGAGGACGCGCCAUUGGCGAUGAGCAGCAUCCGACCUACCGGAGCGAGUCCGUCAAAGGCGAAUGGGCACGCCACAACCUCGAGAGGAGAAGACAGCGGCAGCAGAAGCCCGGAGCUUGGUAGGGGGCGGGGUGGUAUGUCGAGGACCAAGAGCUUGAUCAGUCUGGGAAGCGAAGAGGACCUGUUGAAACGGCGGAUGAAGGGCUUGACAAUGGGAUUAGCGGGAGUUAGCGAGGGAUGA